UACGGUGAACAGUAAUCUAACCUCAUUAUGAGGAGUUUCUUGAUUUUUACAAUUUAAAAAGUUUAAUAUAAUAAUUUUAGUUUCUUCUUAAGUUAUACUUUUGUAAAUAAAGUAGGUGUGACAUUUAGACUUCGCUAAUAACAAUCUUUAAAUAAAAUUAAUAGUGUUACAAAAAUGCUGCAAUUUAAUACGGCAGCUUUUAUAAUAGCAACCAGGUAUACUUCUCGAUUUUUAUGGCGUUUAAAUGCAUCAUUAAGUACAAAUACAGCAGCAAUAGUCUCUGAGUCUAAGGUUGCUGUUAAGCUUGAUAACCAAAUAGAGAAAAUGAUAUCAAAUAUUAAGAUAGUUGAUAAACAGCACUUGACAUUUGAUAAAUUAAAAAUACAAUUGUGUAAUGAUUUAAAUAUAAUACCAGUAAUUAAUAAAAAGAUUAAAGAAGCACAAAGUGUACAAGAAAUACUAGAUAUUGUGAGAACAUCUUCUAUGCCUCAACAUGAUGUUAUACAAAUUCUCAAAAGUAUUUCGAUUUGGGCACAGAAUAAUAAGAAAAGUAAUUCAAGUACCAAAAUAAAUAAUAGUUCUGUACAAAGUCAAACAGAAGAUAACAAGAAAACAUUGGAAAAUUCUGUGAUUAAUAUUGAAGAUAAUUUUUCUGACUACUAUAAUCUUUCAACGUCUGCAAUGAUCAAGAACAUAAAUAAAUUAGCACAAGCAGGUGACAGAAAUGUGAAACUUCUAAAUUAUUUCUUUAAAAAUAUUGUUGAAUAUCAUGAAUUACUGAAUACAAGAGCAUGUUCAAGUCUAAUGUUUAGUAUGAGCACUUUAAAUUACUCUGAUCAGAGAUUACUUAAAAAAAUUUGUCAAGAUUUCAUGAAGAGUAAAAAUGUUCCUGGUAAUAAAACUGAUAUUGGAACAGUAAUAUCUAUGUUAAAAUCUAUGGCACUUAUCAGAUAUAAAAAUGAGGUAUUUUUAAAUCAGCUAUGUGAUGAAUUUAUUAAAUCCAAAUUAAAGUAUAGCAACACAGUAAUUGAAAACAUUUUACAAUCAUUUGCAACAUUAGGUUAUCAUUCUCAAUAUGUAAAUGACAUCAUAAAGAAAUAUUUCCAAAAUUUCGAGCUUAAGAAAUUUGGAUACUCUACCAGAUUAAAUAUUAUAUGGUGUUUUGCUGUAUUCAAUACAUUGCAAAACAAACAUGCUGAAUCUGUAUUAGAUGAAAAGUUCGUUUCAGAAAUGUUCUUUGGUAUAGAAAACAACAAAAAAUUAUCCCAUCAGUUAAAAUUAUUAAAUAUCAAUGGAUAUGCACGAUAUGCACUCAACAAUUAUUCUGGACCUUUUUUGAAUGAUAAGAUAGUAUCAUGUAUAGUAAGCAAACGUUCAAAACAAAAAGAAGCGUAUGUUCAAGCACUGGAAGUUACAUUAAAAAAGAUGUUGCCAUCUACAUCUCAUUUCAAAAUGAAUAUAAAUACCAAAAUGGGAUUUCUUUUAGAUGCUGAAAUAUGCUUGGACCGCAAGUAUAAUUUUAUUAGUAUAGAUAGUAAUAGUCAAAAUGAAAUUUUCAUUAAGAUAGCUAUAUUAUUAGUUGAUUAUUAUGACAUGUGUCUAGGAGAUACAGAUUAUCAAGGAUUAAUUAAAUUGCAGAGUCAUUUAUUGAAAUGUAAAAAUUAUGAAGUAUUAAUUAUACCUCACCAACAUUUUGGUAUAGAAGAUAAAAUUGAAAAGCGUAUAAAUUAUUUAAGACAUCAGACGUUGCAAAUAUUCCGGGAAAAAACGAAUAAUAAUUAAAUAUGAUUUCAUAUUGUGUAAUAUUUGAUAAAUAAAAAAGUUAUUGGAUGUAAU